CACUCUCACCACCUUUCAGAGGUUAAACAUUGUCAGAGCACUUCACGUUUUUAUUUACCCCUCUAAACGUUUUUAUCUCUAUGUAAAACCCGCACAUCGGGGGUAGAACCUGAGUUUGAAUCACAGGAGAAAAACCAGGCGAGUUUGUGCGGACUUGUUUCCAGUCGGACGGGAAUCAGCGGCGCUCCUUCUGCGCUGGAGUCUGUCAGAGAGAUCUGGAACUGAGAGGAACUGAGCGAUAAAACACGAAAUAAUGCAGGACCCAAACGAAGACACUGAGUGGAAUGAUAUUCUGCGGAAGAAGGGCAUCCUUCCUCCUAAAGAGACGCCGAAGGAGGAUGAGGAAGAAGAGCAGAUUAUUCAGCAACAGUCCAUUGUGAAGACAUAUGAGAACAUGACCUUGGAGGAGCUGGAGGAGAAUGAGGAUGAGUUCAGUGACGAGGAUGAGGUUGCCAUAGAGAUGUACAGGCAGAAGAGGCUUGCAGAGUGGAAAGCUAACCAGAUAAAGAAUGUGUUCGGGGAAGUGAAGGAGAUUUCUGGUCAGGAUUAUGUUCAGGAAGUGAACAAGGCUGGCACCGGCAUCUGGGUGGUGCUGCACCUCUACAAACCAGGCAUCCCACUGUGCACUCUCAUAAACCAGCACCUUUCAGAGUUGGCCCGAAAGUUCCCACAAACAAAGUUCCUGAAGUCCAUCUCCACCACCUGCAUACCCAACUACCCUGACAGGAACCUUCCCACAAUCUUUGUUUACUUCGAGGGAGAGAUGAAGGCCCAGUUCAUCGGCCCCCUUGUUUUCGGAGGCAUGAACCUGAAGUGUGAUGAGCUGGAGUGGCGGCUGGCAGAAAGUGGUGCGGUGAAGACCGACCUGGAAGAGAACCCAAGGAAGCAGAUCCAGGAUCAGCUGCUGACAUCCAUCCGCUGCUCAAUGCCCAGCCGCAGAGACAGCGACGAAUCUGACGAGGACUGAGCCUCCAUCCCAUGGGUGCCUUCAUAGAGACCCGACAAAUGGAGGUUGACAUGUGAAAACAAAACAGGACUCGGCCAAAUGCAUUUCUAAUGGUGCCAAGGAUUUUUCAUAUCCAAGGAGCCAAAUGCUCCAACAUGUUCCCCUCGACAACACAGCUGUUGUCAGUUUUGAAGAAAGUGUGAAAUGUUAGUGUCGCUGAACAGAGAUGUAUAUCAUGAACACACUCCUAUGUUUAUAUUCUCCUUGUCAUAUUUGGAGGAAGUGUUCCCUCUAGUGGUAAAGAACUGUGCCCAAAGAACUGCAUUGACCUCGGAGACAACAGGAUUUUUGAGUUGACACUUACCAGAAAUACCAGAUAAAGAUAAAUACAAGAUGAAUAUUUUAUUUAUGGCAUGUAUAAUCCAUUAUACAUGUUUAUCAUCAUUGUCUAAACGGUUUUAUAUAAAUGUUAUCAUUGGCUGUCACCAUAAAAACACUUGAUUUAUGA